GUUGUCUUAUUAGUGUCAUGGCGAACGUAAUGGCUGACUUGAUGGUUUUGACAAAGUGCUUACGUUUACUAUAUUUUUAACAUUGUUUUUCCUGUAUUGGCUAUCGCCAUUGUACAUGCUUCACUAAUGGUUAUUUGUGUAUCUGGAAAAAUGCAAAUCGAACUUUCGAAAGAAAGACAAGUGAGAAAAAAGAAAGCUCGAACAUGGACUGAAGCGGCUAAGCUUGCUCUUGAACUGUACCCAAAGACUCCAUUGGGUCAUAAAGACAUUUUCAAUGUCAUUAGGGUCAAAGGAUUGAAAGAUGUAAGUGGACCUGCGUCCUUAGCUUGUCUGAAUGCCAUGCUUCAUGUACAUUCUAGAGGUCCGGAAGCAAUGUUUUACCGAGUUGAUGGUUGUACAAGUGUUUUUGGACUUGCAAGUAAUAUUCCUGAAGGUGGAGUUAAGAUGGAAGUUGAUGAAGACGACAGUGGUCAAGAAUUUGAUCCUGUGGAUUCAGAUCAAGAUUCUGGAGCAUCCAUUUCUUCACCUUGUGGAAGGAAGAAAGAUCGAGUUCUGUAUGUACGUUUACCACCUGGCUUCAAGAAUUUCUCCUUGUCAUUAAAUAAUAAUUCACACAUGAACCAUCAGGAGGAAGCAGUUCUCCAUAAAGCAGAUCAGCUUACUGUUAAGCCUCUUACAUAUAAAAAUGAAUACUAUACCCGUGUGAGAAGGAUUAAUGGUGAAAAUGUUACAGAAGAUGCAAAAAAAGAAAAAUGUAAUCAAGCAUCAGCUGCUAAUCUUCCUGUGUCAUCACCUGCUAAGGUAUCUCAAAGUCAUAGUCAGAGAGCAAUUAAGCAUGCUUUGCGACAACAACAAAAAAGGCGAAGAAGAAAUACAGCCAUUGCUGCAAGUGGCAGUGCUCCUCCUCCUAUACCUCGGAUCAUCAUGAAGUCAUUGCCUCCAGCACCUGCUGGAGCAGGUUGUGUUCCAGAAGAAAGGUGGCGAUGUUCAUUGGAAAAGACAUCUCUCAGAGAAAGCACAAGGCAUAAACCUCAAACCAUGCGUGAAUUAUUGGCAUCAAUACCAGGUCUUAGCUUUAAGCCAAGAAAGAGGUCCAGCAGAAAACUGAGCACUGCUGCUCAAAUUGCUCAAACAAAAAAAGGCUGCAUCAAUAUAGAAACUCCUGAUUCAAUACUUGUCAACACUAAUUUACGGGCAUUGUUAAAUAAGCAUACUUUUGCUUCAUUACCUGCUGUUUAUCAGUAUCGACUGGUUCAACUAUUACCUCAGGCUGACAGAAUGAUUGGACCUGAUUAUUCUGUACGGCUAACUGCAACUGCACUAAGUAACGAGUUUUUUGCACGGGCCUGCCAAGAAUGGAAACGUCGUCUACAGGAAGGUGAAUUUACACCUGAAAAUCAAAUGAAAUUGAAAGGAGAAGCCGAACGGGAUCAUAGUAAACUUGACCCAUGGAAAAUUCAUAAUUUUGAACCUGUGUGGGGCCACAACUCUGUAGCAGAUAUUUCAGACCAAGGGAAAUCAUCAUCAUUUCUCAUCAAUUCUCAAUUAAAACCUUUGAAUAACCAAAAUAAACAUGUGCCAACUAUUAAAAUAAAACCAGUUGUUAGGAAAAGUCGUCUUAAUUCAAGCAUAUCCAAACACAGGAAUUUACAUGAACAAGAUUCUCCUUCUCACUCUGAUGAAAAUCAUCCUUCAGAAUCACCACUGUACAAUGAAACUUCAGAUAUGGAUGUCACUGCAGUGCAAGAUACCUCUGAUAACUUGUUUGGCCCCCCGCCAAAGAAGAUAAAGGUUUCCGAACAAAUAUCUUCCAAUUCAUCUGAAUCUCAAGAAUCAUCCGAAGAAUCCAUCCAUACUGUAACUCAUCAUUCACCUUGCCCUUCUCGCUCUCCAUCACCUGCAUCAACUCCCUCUCCAAGUAAUUCUGCUGAUGAGUUGGACCUUGCAAAAGAUACUGAUACGAUGGUUUCAUCUGUGAUUCCAAUUUCCUUAUCAAUUACUGUCGUUCAGACUACUGCACCAAGCCAAAGUUUAGUCCCACCUAUUACUAUUCGAUCAGUCCCUAUUAUUCGCUCUAAUGGUGGUAAAAAGAAUUCAAAUCGAAAUGAUGGUGGCAUUAAUUUAGAACGCUCCUACCAAAUAUGCAAAGCUGCUCUGGAAUCUACCUGUAAAAAAGAUCCAAUUCCCAGUGGAGAGCGAACACAAAUCCAACCUCGAACAAGUGAUGUUGUAUGUAUGGUAACCUCAUAUGUUGCUUCUCCAGAAAAUUGUGUGUUAAAUGAUAAGUUAGAGGACACAUCUUCUGUGAACCAAAGUCAGAAGUUAGACGAUUCUAAAAUAGAAGCUGUUGUAACAAUGCAAGAUGUUCAGUCAUCUUCAAAAGAGUUGCUGCUAACAACAUGUCCGCCUUCUGCUAUUCCUACCCCUGAGCUUAAUUCUAUUUCUUCAAACCUUAACCUGCUAGAAACCUCUAACAUAUGCACUAAUGCUGAUAACAUAUGCACUAAUGCCGAAGUUUCUUCUGCUGAGGUUGAUUCAGUAGACAGCAGUUCAGAAAACAGUCUUUCAUUGGCUAAAGCUGAAUCGGAUUCAUCUGAAGCUGCUUGUCCAGUUGUGGAGUCUACACUUACUGAAGAAUCUGAGAUGAUUCCUGGGUCUUCUGUUCCUAACAAAUCAGCAGAUUUGUUAGAAUCACUGGCUGCAUCUCCUGAACCUUUGUCUGUUGGUCCAGAAGACCAUGUUGUUUCACUUGCAGAUAACUUGACUGUUGAUCAGGAACUUAAAUCUUCCACAAAUAUUUGUUCAACAGAUCGCUCCCCAACUUCUAAAUGUGAUUCUGUGGAAGAAGACAGUGUUGAAAAUACCUUACCCACAAUUGAAGAAGCUGUUGUACCACCUUCAGAUAUAAUAAAUAAUAAUGAAAAGCCCGAAACUAAUGUUUCUAGUACCUUGUUGCUAGAAAAUGAUCUGAAUUCUUUACCUUCUGAAUGCCUUGAUUCUGAUUCAUCAAGCAUGCAGCAACCCUAUAAUAAUUCUCAGGUUGUAGAUGAAGACAGCACAAUCAUCCUUAGUUUACCAUCCAGUGAGGAAGAAAAUGUAACAUCUGAUGCUCCAAAUAUUACUGUGGAAAGUAUGCCUGAGAAAGAAUUGCCUACUGAUGAUGCUGAUAGCAAGCUGUCUGUUGAGGACUCGAACAAUUCAUGUUCUAAUUCGCAGAUUUCAGCCAUUGAAGAGAAGCAAGACAAUUUUGAAACAGAAAGUACUGAUGGAAAAUUAGGUAGUGAUGAACUCUCUUGUGAAAAAAGUCAGUCACCAUGUCCCAGUGAGAAAGCAACAUGUCCUGAGUCUCCAGCCUAUGGAGGUGAAAAUUGUGUGAAAGAAUGUGUUGCUAAAGUGCAGUUUGAUCCCCCGUCUCGUCCUCUAAGUGCUCCAUCUAACUUUCCUCCAAUGCAUGUCAACUCUGUUAUUGAAGUAAGCUCUUUAAAAAGGCCAGCAAGUUGUCAGUCAUAUUAUAGAAGUGCAAAGGUAUCCCCUAUAGUUUAUUUUGAUUCCCCGGAAAGUGAUGAUGCAAAAUCUGACAGUGAUAAAGGAGAUAAAGUUCCCACCUCAUCUCCUCAGAGCUCAGAUGUUGGUUUGAUACCAUAUUCUUCAUCUGCAAGUGCAGCAGUGAACAUCAGUUCUUCCAUAAAAAAGGAGCAUCCAGUUUCUGUUAGUAAAAGUUUGAACUGUGCAGGUCAGAUGCCUGUAGAAUUCAAUGAUAAGAAUUCUUCUUGUAACAAACAGGUAUCACAAGCUCAAGAUUAUACAGCACCUCCUGGGAGAAGCUUAUCCUUAAGCCGAUCAGCUUCAACUCCGUCUAAUACAUCAUCUAUGCAAUGUUUGUCUCCUGUUGUCCAUCGUCCAUUAUCAAAUCCUAGUGUGGAUACCAGUGUCAUGCACCAAAUAAGUAAAAUGAGCAGCUCUGAGUAUCAGACUUGUGUUCCUGUUACAAAUCCUCUUUCUUUACCAGAAGGAUGCACAGGUGGAACUGGUGGAAGUCUACCCAGUCAAGCAGUGUCUGUUGUACCAGCCACGACACAACUUCCCAUUGCUUCUGGUGGCAUAAUGUUUCCAUCUGCCAAUGGACUUACAAAUGUUGUUGGAACUCCAGCAGGUGACACACCUCCCAGAUCUCUUUUGCUGUCGAGUCCUGUAAUAAACGGUGCAUCAUCUGGUAUUGAAGGAGCUGUUACCAGUGCAGGAGGUGAUAGUGGUGGUGAUGGAAAUGGUACUUCAGGUAAUGGAAAUAACUGUGCAUGUAAUCUCAAAGCCAUGGUCACGUGUCUUAAGUGUGGAGCAUUCUGCCAUGAUGACUGCAUUGGGCCAUCUCGUCUCUGUGUCACUUGCUUGAUACGGUGACCUAGCUUUGUAAAUGUAUAAAUAUAUAUGAAAAAAUUGGCUUCUAACUGAGUUUGUUGGUACUGAAUUUAUUUUAAGUUUAUUCAUCUCAUUACCUGUUUAUAGUGUUAUAGAUAUCAGCUUUAUAUAAAUUCAGAGGUACUGUGUGUGCUUGUACAAAAAUGGAAUACAAAAAUCAGUUAUAGAUGUCAUAUAAAAUAUGGUUAAUGUUGAAAUUUUCAAAAAAAAAAAAAAAAAAUUCAGAUCCUUAAAAAUGAACCAUGAAUGUUGUGUAAAUUUUAUAUUAGUUGCACAAGAUAUCUUCUCACAUUUUUUUAAAGGAAAAAAAUUAAAAUGUUACCCAAUUUUAAUAUUUAACUGCAGUUUAAGUAUAGAUUUAAACUGAUAUAAAUUGUCAGUGUGUACAUUUUGUAAGAUAUACAAUUUUUUUAUUUGAUAUAACAUUAUAAAUUAAAUUUAUAAUUUUUCUCUUCUAAUACUUAAAUGUUUUAGCACUAUUUUUUAUGCUGUAAAAUAUAUUAUUCCAUAAGAUUCACUUAUUUAGUCUGUUAAUACACUGGUAAAAUUUGAUCUUUAUAUAUAUAUAUAAAUAUAAAUUCUAGAGAAGGACACUGAAAUAAUUUUAUGCAGAUUUAAUUUAUAAAUGUAAGAUAAUGAUAUUUUUUUUUGAAAAUUAUCUUUAAUAUUCCUCAUUACUUGUGUACUUUUGAAUUUUAUCUGAAAUUAUGGCACUUUGAUUUAUACAAAUGUAUUACUGAAUAGUUUAUAAACUGUAAUAGAUUAGCUUACAUAAAUAGUGUAAAUAAAAUGGAUUAGACGUUUUAAAACAAUUUUUGUUAUGUAACCAAAAUUUAAAGCCUGGAUGAAAAUAACUAAGAAAAUUUUGAUUAUUAAAUUUUUCUUAGCACGUAAAGAUUUUAAAAAAUGUGUUUAUAAAAUGCACAUAUUGUUUUGAAACCAAAAUUGUAUUUGCACUGUUAGUUGUGUAUAUCAUCAGUGAAAAUGAGAAGAUAAUUUCCAUUUUUUGUAUUAUAUCAUUAUUUCAAAUGUAAAAAUACAAAUUAUGAGAGUUAAAGAGUAUUUUGUGGAUUAAAACCAUCAAAAAUGAAAAGCAUUAUUGUUUAAGAUAUAAAAAUAUUUUAUUAAAAUUGCAUUGUUCUUUGUAAAUAACAUUUGAUGUUUAAUGUUCACUAAUGAAGUUAUACAAAUGAUUUUGCAUCAGAUUCAAGUAUUAAAUAAUUACCUUUUUACACCCAAUUCUGCUUUUGUACAUUAGAUAGUGUCCCCCCCCCCCCCCCAACAGAAAGCCAUAAAAGAGAGGAGAUUGAUUCCAGAUACAGAAAUGCAGUGUAUACAUUUAAAAAAAAAAAAAAAAAAAAAAA